AUAAAAUAAAAAUUUAACGCAGACGUGAAGUUAUACUACUAAGUUAGUUGAACGGAAAGUUUAAAAACGGAGAGGAAGCCAUCGUUUUAAUCGAACCACAGAUUAUGAAUCUUAUACAGAUCCCUAUUUUAUUAACAAUUUGGUUAUGCAGUGUACACCAAGCGAUAUCUGGAACAGUUGAAGCUAUCAAAACCAAUUUCGAAGUUCCAGUAAACCAAACUGCUAAUUUGCAAUGGAGAGUUGCCAUUGAUGCAGGAGAAAGAAUGUCUACAGCAAAUGUGUUUGUUCUUGGAUCACCCAAUGUUCAAAUAAUUAAAUUAGUAUCAAUCCCAACAGCUGCUGGUGAAGCAAUGUUUGGUAAUCGAUUAUCUGCAAGCUUGGAAGAAGGCAUAUAUACACUAUCUAUCAAGAAAAUUAAAUUUAAUGAAAAGAAGCAUUUUGAUUUGAGAGUUAUAUUCGACUCACCAGUUUUACAUUCAAAAAAUGCAACAGUGGUUAUAAAAGACGUUAUAGGUGGUCCUCUUUUUUGUGGUGCAAAUAUAUCUAAAAGCUACAUCGUGAUCGAAGAAACAGCGCUGACUUUAAAACAAGAUGUUUGUGGCAAUCCUAAACCAGAUGUUCAGUGGAAAAUGUCAAGCGACAGUGCAUAUAUGCCAUCCGAAAGUUCUGUUUUGAAAGAAAAUAUCACAAGAACUUACCAAUACACAUAUACAACAAAAGCAUUAACUAGGGCAAAUUGCGGUCACAUAAUUGAAUUUCGUGCCUCUGGUCACAAACCUUAUAUAACUGAACAAACGAUAAUAAACAUCAAUUUUACACCAGCAGUUGCAACUGCCAUAGCAUAUUACCAUCAAGAUAAUUGUGUCCAUGUGAAUUGGAAGACAGAGGAUACCGGAAAUUGUAAAGUGACAUAUCAACUUACUUUUAAUACCGGAAAAAAUUUUGAAGUGACUGGCAAUACUUUUAAAAACUGUUCCCAAGAAAUACUAAGAACCACAUCUGUCAACAUCAGAGGGAUAUACAAUGGUCAACGUGGAGAUAAAAGCGAGGAUGUUUUCUCAUCAACCCGACCACCCAAUCCACCAAAGAAAGAUGAUGGAAAUAACAAAGGGUUAAUAAUCGGAGUUGUUGUGUCUGUCAUCAUCAUAAUCAUUAUUAUUAUAGUGAUAGUGUGUGUUUUAAAGCGUAGAAAAAAUGACGAGAGUAAUUAUCCAUUGCGUUAUGAAGAACCAGAGGAGAAUGAUUAUGUUAUGGAUUUAAAUAUGCCGAAAACAUAUGCUCAACCAAGCUCUAGUGAAGAUAGGAAAAACAAUCCUGAUCAAGUCAUUUAUUCAGAUGUUGGAAUGGGUGGUGGCAGAACUGGUCCAAAACCUGUAGUUGCUCCAGCUAUAUACUCAGAAAUGAAAGUUGAUUCAAGAGGCUAUCCAGUUGAUGGCAAUAAUCUAAGUCGAGAAAAAGGUGUAUACUCUGCUGUGGGUCCAAAUUCCCAUUCUGACAGUGAUAGCGAUGCUGACCACUACGAGGGUGUAGUUGUUUAGUGGAAUCCAAUGUUAAUGAAUAUAUAUGUUUAUCUUGUAUAUAUAAUUAUGUGUUCCUGUAUAUACGACAACUUAACAUUUCCCUAUUAAAUUAACAUUUUAAAUUAUCAUCCUCUCAAUUUAGAUUUUGUUGCUUGGGAAUAAACAGGGAAAAUCAAGAUGGGAAUAUUUAGCUUGUCAAUCAAAAACAAUAAAUUCAGCUUCGAAGGUUUUGUGUUAUCAUUUAAUAACAUUCAAUAUUUAGAAAUAGUGUUGUAAUAUUUUGGAAAUAAUAUUUAGUUUUUUAUUAUAAUUUCUUAGGUGCUCUAAUAAAUAUUUUAUACUUUUGUACAGAUGAUGGUGUUAAUUUGUUUUUUGGUUACUAAUUUUUGAAGUCUAAAAAAUUAAAAUUUAAAAUUAAAAAGAGGAUGUAGCUGUAGCAACAAGAAAAUAUCAUAUAUCUCUUAUGUCACUAUAUCGUAUCGUUCCGAAAUUGAAUUCUAAAAAUGAUACCACAUAUACCACAUGUGUAAACCUGAAAAAUAAGUAGCCAAUUUUUUUGAUUUUUAGAUUAUUGGGGAUCUCAAAUGCUCAAUUUUUUUAUUUAUAUUUAUAUGUAAAAGAACAGUUUUUAGGAUCAACAUAUACUUUUAUGUGCAAGCGACCUUUUUAAUUUGUACUCCCCUUACUAAUUCCAUCAUAAAGAUGUAACAAACUAAAAGCAGGGCUAAUUAAAAAUAAAAGCGUAUUUUUAAAGCAGAUAAUGUGCUCUUCCAUUAGUUAAGAAAAUUAAAAAUACUUUUUCUAGUCACUUUAAUAAUUGCUGUAUUUCUUCUGUCUUUUGUGCAUGAGAAAACAGUCAUAAACCAAAAUGCAAUAUAUAAGCCUGUUCAAUGUAUCUAAAAUGUAAUGUUUAAAAUAUAACCUUCCUUAAUGUAAUACUUUAAAUUCUGUAAA